UACCCAGCAGCUUGCCGGCCGCGUGGUUACCGGGCCCUCGUGGAGUACCCUGAAGUCCCGCAAAGCGGGGGAAGAGGGAAACCAUCGUAUAGACUGGCCGCCGGCUCUCCAAGCCACGGUGACCCCACCCGGGGCUCUGCGCCCUUCAGGCGCGAGGAGGGAGCACGGGCAGCGGGUAUAGCCCCUGAAGCUGGAGACUCUCUGUGCAGCCUCGGUUGAGACCUAACUGUCGGUCAGAACUCCUUUCCUUGCGCCCAGGCCGAGCGGAAACAGCUUGCUUCCGGCCGGAGUCGCCCAGGCCCGCAGAAUGCCUCCCACUCAGGCAGAAAGUGUUAUAAAGAAUAUCAUUCGAGAAAUAGGACAAGAAUGUGCAGCCCAUGGAGAGACUGUUUCUGAAACUCUGGCAGCUUUUAUGGUGAAAGCUGUUGUCUUGGACCCAAGUAAUGGCUUUAACAUGGAUAGAACCCUCAUGAAAAGUGACGUACAGAAACUUGUUAAGCUUUGUGUAUCUCGGCUAUUGGAUAGUAAAAAUCCAUCCCUGGACACCAUUAAGAUGCAAGUCUACUUUGAUAUGAAUUAUACAAGUCGAGAGGAAUUUCUUGAAGAACAUCACCGAAUCCUGGAGUCUAGAUUAGGCUCUGUUAUCAGAGAAAUUACAGAUAACAGAGCAUGCACUAGAGAAGAAUUGGAAAGCCUCUACCGAAAGAUUGUCAGCUAUGUGUUACUACGUUCUGGGCUGGGAUCCCCUACAGAUAUCAAGGUUGUCAGAGAGGCAACAGCUGCCCUACAGAGUAUUUUCCCUCAGGCUGAGCUUGGGACGUUUCUAACACUUUCUAAGAAGGACAAAGAACGCCAACUGAAAGAACUUACCAUGGUUGUUACCGGGAUUCGUUUAUUUAACCGAGACUGUGGAAAAGGAGGAGAAGGCAUUGAUGACUUGCCAGCUAUUCUACAGGAAGCAAUCCCAGCCACCACUCAACACAUCGAUUCCCAACUUCAGAUUGCCCAGGACCAGGCAUACCGCUACACAGCCAUCCUUGAGACAGUAGCAAAGAACCCACUCUUGAGUAUGGAACUUCAGCCAUAUAUGUUAAAAGAAGCACUGUAUAAUAUGCGGCAAUAUGAGACCUUCCUUCAGAUCAUUUUGUCAGAUAUAAUUACCUGUGCUCAAGAAGUAGAAAUGAUGAUAAAGCAGUUAGGAGCCCAACUGGAACAAUUAAAAAUGACUGUAAAAUCAAAGACUGCUGUCCCAACAUCACAAGUCUUUCCCAUCUUCAUUGCACUUUCCAAUCUGUGGACUAGCUUCCAGGAUGAAACUGUUUUGAUUAGUGUCCUCAGUAAUUUGACAACUCACCUUGAGCCAUUCUUGGGUGCUCAUGAACUCCUCUUUCCUGAGAAAGUAAUGCAGAAUCUUCUUGAUGGGCUGACUGUGAAGACUGAUGUGUGUAGGAUGAAGGAACACAUGGAAGAUAGAGUACGUCCGGUGGAUUUCAGAAAACAAGAAUGGCUUUUCCCAGAAACAACGGCCAAUUUUGACAAAUUGUUAAUUCAGUAUCGAGGAUUUUGUGCUUAUACAUUUGCUACAACAGAUGGUCUUCUUCUUCCAGGAAAUCCAGCAAUUGGAAUUUUGAAAUAUAAAGAAAAGUAUUACACUUUUAAUACCAGAGAUGCUGCAUAUUUAUUUGCAGAAAGUCCUGAAAAUUAUAUUGAUUUAAUUAAGGAAAAAGCAAAAAAAAAUGCAGAAUUAAUUCAGCUACUGGAACUUCAUCAACAGUUCGAAACCCUCAUUCCAUAUUCUCAGAUGAAAGAUGUUGACAAACAUCAUAUAAAACCAAUUACAAAGUGUGAAAGUAGCACACAAACAGAUACGCACAUAUUGCCACCAACGAUUGUGAGAUCAUAUGAGUGGAAUGAAUGGGAAUUGAGAAGAAAAGCUAUAAAAUUGGCCAAUUUGCGUCGGAAGGUUACUCACUCAGUACAAACUGACCUUAGUCACAUGAGAAGAGAAAAUUGUUCACAGGUGUACCCACCAAAGGAUGCCAGCACGCAGUCUAUGAGAGAAAGCAGCACCCGAGUGCCCAGGCCCCAGAUUUACAUAGCUGGUCUUCGUGGGGGACAGGGUAAAAUCACAUAUGGGGUCAAGGUGAACUUAACUAGAGCUGUUGAUGAGACCUAGUUAAAGACUGUAUUUUUUAAGUAGAUAUCACCAAGUUAUGAACAGUGGCAAAUAUUGACAAAUAUCUUUGCAUCAAUGGAAAUUACUAAAUUUUGUGAGUCUGGCACAUUCAUUGGUUGUGUGAAUGUUUUCUGGAUUCUGUCAAACUGCUACAAAAAACUAAAAGUUGUUCUCUGGAGCACAUUUUUCAUUCUAUUAAAAUUGAAAAAUAAAACUCUGCCCACUUAGCUUCUAUUUGUUAGAAAAAGUUUGGCAGCAUUAAAGGCUGAAAUUAUGAUGUAUUUAGAU